AUUUUUCAACAAUCGCUAAAUGACGAAGGAAUACCAAAUAAAUCCAAUUUAGCUCAUCAUUUGACGAUUAAACGCAUCGAUAAGAUAAUUAUAAGUAAAGUUUUUUUAGUUCUUCAAAAUGACUGCAACAGUGGGAACUCCCAUGGAUUUUGAUGAAAUACUCACACAAAUUGGUGAAUUCGGUCGCUAUCAGAGACGGAAUUAUCUACUCAUCUGUCUGCCCGUACUUUUUGCGGCAGCCAAUAGUUUAUCGUAUGUGUUUACUGCUGGAAUUCCCACAUAUCGCUGCUAUAUACCCGAAUGCGAUAAUCCACAAGAGCUGCAAUAUCAAACGGAAUGGCUAGAGAAAGCUGUACCCGGAACAUGGAACAAACAGGGACAUUUUACAGCCGCCACAUGUGAUCGUUAUGUUACAAGUAAUGCAAACAUCAGCCAAGGUGAUGGGCAAUGUGAAGAGUCAUUCUUUACCAAGGAGGUAGAACGUUGUCAGGAUUAUGUCUACGGUAGCAAAGAGCAAACAAUUGUUCAGGAAUGGCAAUUGAUGUGCCCGGAGAAUGCCUGGAAAUUGGCCUUUGUUGGCACUAUACAUUUUGCUGGCCUCGUUAUAGGCACAGCCUUAUUUGGCUAUCUGGCCGAUCGAUUUGGACGCAAGCACAUUUUUCUAUUUUGCAUUAUUUUAAUGUCUCUAACUGGAGUGGCUCAAGCUUUGGCUUGGAAUUAUAUUAGUUUUUUGAUAUUUGCAUUACUCAAUGCUGUUGGUACCUCCGGAGUCUAUCCGCUGGCCUUUAUAAUAGGCGUGGAAAUGGUGGGACCACGCAAACGUGAGAUGUCCUCCAUAGUGUUGAAUUAUUUCUAUGCCGUUGGUGAAGCUCUACUAGGUCUGGCCAUAUUUUUGCCCAAUUGGAAACAUCUGCAACUAGCUUUAUCCAUUCCACCAUUGAUCUUCAUUGUGUAUGUCUGGUUAGUGCCAGAAUCGGUGAGAUGGUUACUUGCCCGCAAUAAACAUGAAAAAGCCGGUGAGAUUAUAAAAAAGGCAGCCCAUGUCAAUCGACGAGAAUUGUCAGUCGAAUUAAUGGCAAGUUUUAAGCAACAAGAACUUGAAAAUGAUAAGGAUGAAAGGGACACCAACCAACAGGAUAAUCAAAUAUGGUUAGCGGUAAAGCAAGUGUUUUCCUCUCAUAUUCUAUUGGUACGCUAUUCCGUAAUGCUGUUUAUUUGGGCCGUAAAUGCCAUUGUAUUUUAUGGACUUUCUUUAAACUCUACGAAUUUGAGUGGCAAUAAAUAUUUGAAUUUCGCCCUCGUCUGUCUUAUUGAGAUUCCCGGCUAUACCCUGGCUUGGGUUUGUCUACGCAAAUUUGGACGACGUUUGGCUUUAUCCGGUUCGUUGUUACUUUGUUCCAUAACCUGUGUGGGCAGUGGUUACAUCACCAUGGGUGCCAACUGGUUGAUAAUUGCACUAUUUCUGAUGGGCAAACUGGGCAUUACAUCCUCAUUUGCUGUCGUCUAUACAUACACUGCCGAGAUGAUGCCAACGGUGAUACGUAGUGGAGGAGUUGGUGUGAUGUCUACCUUUGCUCGCUGUGGUGCCAUGCUGGCUCCCUUUGUUCCCUUGCUGGGCACCUUAUAUGAACCGCUGCCUUUACUGCUUUUUGGAGCCAUAUCAUUGAUUGCUGGUUUGCUUUCCCUACUGUUGCCGGAAACAUUUCAUAAGAAAUUACCGGAUACCGUGGCGGAGGCCAUUGCUUUGGGACAGAAAGUCAGUGUGGAUGAUGAACCCAUUUGCAGUCAAAACGAAGACCAUCUGCAGCACCAGGAUGCAUAGGCUUAAGUUGUUUUUUUUUUUUAGUAAAA